UACAACAACUUAAAUGGCAUCAAAAGCUUGUCUCUUCUUUUCAUUCUUCACUCUCAUUUUGCUUAUUUCUCUUCUAUCUCAGCCUACUUUAGCACACAGACUCUUAAAAGAAGAAAAAUUAUCUGGUUUUGAUUUCCUUAAGCAUCUACAAGGAUGCCAUAAGGGAGACAAAGUUGAAGGCAUACAUAAUCUCAAAAACUACCUCCAUAAGUUUGGCUAUUUGAGCUACAAAAAUCAAUCACAUUCCACAAAUGAUGAUUUCGACGAUCUUUUAGAGUCCGCCGUCAAAACAUACCAGCUCAACUACCAUUUAAAUGUCACCGGUUUCUUAGACUCUGAAACCGUGUCGAAGAUGAUCAUGCCUAGAUGUGGAGUUGCAGACAUCAUCAAUGGCAAAACACGAAUGGAAUCCGGCAAGAAAAACCGCCACCAUAACUCAACAAGUUUCCACACAGUCUCUCACUAUUCUUUUUUUCCUGGAAAUCCUAAAUGGCCACCCUCAAAGUACUCUCUUACCUACGCCUUUCUUCCUGGAACUCCAAAUCAAGCUAUGAAUCCCGUUUCAAAAGCGUUUCAAACAUGGGCAGGCAAUACCCAUUUUAGAUUUUCUAUGGUUCAAAAUGUUGGGGAUGCGGAUAUUAAAAUAGGAUUUGGCCGUGGAGAUCAUGGAGACGGGGCGAACUUUGAUGGGCGCGGUGGAGUUAUUGCUCAUGCUUUUGCACCUCAAGAUGGAAGGUUCCAUUACGAUGGUGAUGAGCCAUUUGCAGUUGGUGCAACAGAAGGUGCUUAUGACUUGGAGACUGUUGCAUUGCAUGAAAUAGGGCAUCUGCUUGGACUUGGACAUAGUUCAGUGGAGGGUGCCAUUAUGGCUUCUUCUAUUUCUACGGGAGUUACUAGGGGUUUACAUAGUGAUGACAUUCAAGGAAUUCGAGCUUUGUAUAAUUAAUAUAUGAAGGUAGUUCACAUGUAACCCAGAAUAAUUGUCAUUUUCUAUUAUUAUUUUGCCUAUAGAAGUUAGAAUACGACAUUAUGUACUGGUUCUUACUGAAUUUAUAAAGAGAUGAAAUAAAACAUACUUUACAGAUUUA